CAAAAGGAGGAGAAAACAUUGCUAAAUAAUUAGUUUGGCAGCAUUUUCUGUUUCCAGUAGGAAUGAUAAAUGACAGAGUGACAGACAACAUGUAAACCCUGCAAGUAGAUGAAGUUUAGUAAACUUAUUAUACCCUGAAAAUGGAAGAAAUGUUGCUGUUUUGGUCCCUAAUGGAACCCAGUGUACCGGACUGUCAGGUGGGAAACAUGCUUCGCUCGUACGGUUUGUUUGGGAAGGAUUCUCUCUCUCGUUGGUCUCUGCUGACUUUAGAGGAUAUAAAAGCUUCAUGGUGUAACUCAGCUCCUCUCUGCUCAUCAUGACUAACUCUUCACAGGUCAUAUAUUUCACUCUGACUGCCUACUUCGACAUUGGGGGUUUGAAAUACUUGUACUUUAUGAUGGUUAUGUGUUUCUAUGUUCUGAUUAUCAGCUGUAACGUCCUGCUGAUCGCGGUGAUCUGUGUGAACCGGACCUUACAUGAACCCAUGUUCCUGUUCCUCUGCAGCCUGUUUGUGAACGAACUGUACGGCAGUUUGGGUUUGUUUCCCUUCCUGCUGGUCCAGAUCCUCUCUGACGUUCACUCCGUUUCUGCUCCGCUCUGCUUCCUGCAGAUCUUCUGCGUUUACAGUUAUGCAGCAGUUGAAGUUUUGAACUUGGCCGUCAUGUCUUAUGACCGCUAUGUGGCCAUCUGUUUUCCUCUGCAGUACAGCUCCACCAUGACGGAUAGAAAGGUUGCGUUGCUCAUUGCCCUGACCUGGGCGUUGCCUGUUCUGGCCACUGUGGUUCUGGUGUCGCUCAGCGCCCCGCUGCAGCUCUGUGGGAACGUCAUAGAUAAAGUUUUCUGUGGGAAUUUCUCCAUAGUUAAGCUGAGCUGCUCUAACACCAGCAUUAACAACGUUUACGGUCUGGUUCUGACCGUCGUCUCCAUCGUCGCUCCGCUCGUUUUGAUCCUCUACACCUACGGAAAGAUUCUGGAGAUCCUACAGAGCAGGUUUGACCUCAGCAGGGUGCCUCCGGUGCUGGCCAUCGUUUUGUCGCUUUACUUCCUGACCUGCCAGCCGCUCUUCAACCCGGUGCUGUACGGCUUGAAAAUGGCCGCCAUCCGAGACGCGUAUAAACGUUUGUUAUGUGGGGAAAACUCGGCUUCUGCAGCAGCUUUUCAUGCCUGAGAACCUUCAGCUUGACUCAAGCUCUUCUUCUUUUCGUUGUUUUCAGCCUCAGGUUUGAUGUUUUUCAUUAAUGAAUCAUUUUCAGUUUGUAGAUGAGGAAUCAUUUUUAACAUGUUGUUACCGACAUUUUUCUCUCUAUUGAUGUUU